AUGUCGAAUAUCACAGCAGCAAACUCUCGGCCCUCCAGUAGAAACCUGAAGUGGCGUGUGGCAAGAAAAAGGGCCAAGAGCUCCCUGUCAAACGCACUGUACCUCCUCUCUGACUCUCGCAACCUUCUACUGAAAAAGGCUAGUGGCCGCCAGGCACCAUCCGACCACUGCUCCACCACUGCCCCCACCGCGCAAUCAGACGCAUCGGUAGAGUCUCGCCAAUCGUUGCCACAGUUUUGUUUCCCGUACGAAAAUCAAAGACCACGGGACUCGGUGGCGGUGCAGCACUUCACCUUUGCGCUCACGGACCUGGACGGAUGCCAGCGCUUCGGGUUCUGUCGACUCGCUGACUCCUCGCGGACCUGCCUCUGCAUACUCAGUUAUCUCCCCUGGUUUGAAGUGUUUUACAAACUCCUCAACAACCUGGCGGACUACCUCUUUAAAGGACAAAUCAACGAGCUGAAGGCGCUUCUGGGUGAUCUGUACCGACAGCCUGUGCCACUGGUCCCUGGAUCUGUCACUCUCACUAUGGGAGAACAAGUGUCGGUCAGUACUGAGGUACACCUCUCUGUAGGGCACCCAGGGGCUCCUGAGGGGGUCCCAUACUUCAUCGCUCCUGAUCCCAGAAGUCUUCCAUCUAUACCCGAAAGUAGGAACUUGACUGAGCUCAUUGUUGCUGUUGACGUGGGGAACCUCCUGCAGCUCUAUGCCAGCAUGUUGUUCGAGAGACGCAUCCUGAUCUUUGCCAGCAAACUCAGCACGCUGACAUCGUGUGUGCAUGCCCUGAGCGCUGUGCUGUGUCCGAUGAACUGGCAGCACAUCUUCAUCCCUGUGCUGCCUCCACACCUGCUGGAUUACUGCUGCGCUCCAAUGCCGUAUCUCAUUGGAGUCCACACAAGUCUGGCAGAGAAAGUGAGGAGCCGGGGAUUAGAAGAAGUCGUUAUUCUCGAUGUGGACACAAACACGCUGGAGUCUCCCUUUAAUGAUUUCAAGAAGAUCCCGACUGAUGUGAUGUCCCAGCUGAAGAUGAGUCUGAAGCGGCAGGCCGUGUCUCGGGGCAGUGGAGUCUCCAGGGCUUUCCUCAGAGCCCAGGCGCUGCUGUUCGGGGGAUACAGGCAGGCUCUAUGCACACAGAGUGGGGAUUUGAGUUUUAACAAAGAACUUUUUCUGGGUCACAAGUCCUGGAUGAAGCAGUUCCUUCAAAGUGCUAUCCACUGUCAGUUCUUCAAACAGUUUAUUGACAGCCGCUUGGACGUUCUGAACAAAGGGCUGGAGCCCAAUGACCUCUUUGAGGAAGAGAUUGAAAACUGUGAAGCCUCUCCUGGGAAACCCAGGUCAUAUCAACAACUGGCUGGAAACAUAAAGAAGGGAGGAGGGGCACUGAUUCUCAAUGUGAAGUCAAACAUGAAGGCCAAAGGUCUUACAAAAUCAGGACUGAAACACCUAUUGAUCCAUAAGCAGAGCCACACUGAAGAGGUCAGCAUGCAGAGGGGUGGUUCUGUGUCACAUCGCCUGGAGGACCGGCAAACAGCCACACAGCUCUUAAAAUAUCAAGUUUUCAGAGAUGAAGAAAACAUAAAGGAUACUAACAGAACAUGCAACAGACUUGAGUUGGAAGAUGACGACCCCAGGACAGAGGAGGAGGAGUUGCUGCUGUGUGACCCAGAGGAGAUGGAUCUCCUUGGGGAGAUCUUCGACACCCUGAGCUCCCGGAGCUCCCACGAGCGAGGGCUGCUCUACGCCACCCGCAGCCUGGACCUGUUUGCAGCAGACAGUCAUGACUUCAUCGCUAAGCGCAGCUUUGCUAACCCGAGUGAGGAAAGUCUGUGCAGCAGUCUGCACAGCUGGCACCAGGAGACCACAGAUCAGCUGUCAGACUUAACGGAGGACUGGGAUCCACUGGAAAAAUCCAAGAUAAAGGAGAAAGAGGAAACCGCAUCGAUGAUGAGGGAGAAUCAAGACCUUCACAUCAGCCCACAAGAUCUGAAAAAAGAAAAAGACAACAGAGGCUAUUUAAGGUUCCAGAGUCAUGCCCCCAUCCAAGGACCGGAUCUGAAGUCCAGGAUGAAAAUUUUAGAAGAAUCUGGUGGACAUCUACACAUGAAAAACAACUUUACAGACACUGAAGAGGAAAAGCCCCCAGUGAAUGUGUCAGAGCUCAAGAAGAGGUUUGAAACUGAAUAA